CGAGCUUGUUUUCAAAAACAUAUGUUGCUGGAGGUUUCUUCGAAGUCUAGAAGUCGAGAGUUUUAUUAAAAAGAAAGCUAUUUUGCUCUAUAUUUCGUCUCAUUUCUCCCUAGAGACGUUUCGUAAAAGUAAUUUCGGUUGAUGUAUUUGUAUUCAUGGUAUUAAAUACCAUUGGUUUUGAACAUGAAGAGCGCGAUGAUGUUUUGAGAUUACGCCGCUAGCGAGCUAGUAUAUGUCUCAAAUCUGACUGUCGCUAUGAAGAGAACGCACGGAGAUUAUGAAAUUCCAGGUUUUUAUGUGGAGCCACAAACGGGGAGAUACUUUCAAGUACCUAUUAAUGGCUCCCCGCUACCAAGUUUGUUUAAUGGAGCCCGUGUUGAACCCGCUUCGGCGGACUUUAACAUACGCAGGAGAAAAAUCAUAUAUGAACCUAAACGUCCCAGAUUUAACAGUAUUGUAAAUUGCAUUAAUAGUAAUCAGAUGGGAUCUAUUGAUACGCUUACUUAUCAGCAGGAAGUUUCAGCAUUAAGAAUGGAGAAUUGGCACUUGGGAAGUCAAUAUGUUUACCCCUUUGGAAACAGUGACAUUGAAAUUCGUUUAUUAAAAGGAGGUAUGAAAUAUUUGUAUGGGCACUGGUCAUCAUCUUCGAAUGCAACCUUUUUUUAUGCAUUUGAUGAUUUUAGAAGUUUAGAAGCCCCUGCAUGUGUGUCUCAUCAUUAUCAAAUUGCUUACAUUUCCCCUCAAAUCGUUGUGGCUGAUAUGUGUGAAGCUUACUCACAUCGUUUGUCCAUAUUGUAUGUUGGUAAUGAUUUUAACUCUGGGCUUGGAACAGCACGACUUACUUGGCGUCGAGAGUUGAGUGAGAAUGUUACUGAGGGAUCUCGACAUUUUUAUGUCAAUAGUGCAGUUUGGUGUUGUUGUAGUAAUAGAUUUACAGGGCUUUUUGCUCUUGGUAUAGAAAAUGGGAUUUAUAUACAUAACUAUGACACCCAUUUAUAUACAAAACCAUUCAAAGGACAGGUGCUUGGUAUACAUUAUAAGAAAACAGGCGAUAUUAUAUAUGCUGGUGUAAACCAUGGUAAGCUAAUUACGGUAGACACACGAGUUCGUAAUCCUGUUUGCAAGACUAAACUGAAUGAUUAUGCUCUAACUGAACUUUCUUUACUCGAAGAUGAAAACUACAUGAUUUGUGGUGGACUUGGCAACUUUUUGGCUCAGGUUGAUUUGAGAAUGCAGCGCAAGACUGUUACUUACCUUGGAGAACUUCGCAACACUUUGAAAAACCCUAUCAGUUUCAAUGAAACUCAUAAUAUUCUCUGUUCAACUGGGAGUGACUCUGUCACUCGACUUUGGAGUCUGAGAGGAGGAAGGCCAUUGAAGACUUUCCCACCACCAUUUCCAGGACAUGAAAGUCGAGCUUGGUUGACGGGUGGUGCAUCAUCAAAAUUGGGCCUAUAUGUUGUUUCUAAACAUAUGACAUACCUUCAUGAAUGUUAAAAGAUGCCACUUAUACAUUUUUAUUUGUCUGUAUGUAUUAUUGAUGAUAAAUUUAUUCAAAUGUUUACCAUAAGCUUCAGUGUAUAAUGGUCCCUUCAGAGUCUAUUGAUGGUGCUUUACUAUUAUAUGCAUACAAACAUAUUUUUUAUAUAUAAAUUCACCGGAAAUACAGGUUUUAUGUGUUACAAUAUUUACAACACAUGCUAAACAAUUUUUAAAAAAAAUUUAUAAUCAAUAUCAACUUGUUGAAAGUGCAGGGAAAUUUACCAAUUCAUCAUUACACUGAAUUAAAUAAUUUUGAAAUGUGAUAUUGAUGUAUAUGAAAGUAACUGAUACAUUUUAAUCGUAUGCAAUUAAGAGCACAAUAUACCAAUAUGAUGUGUAAAAGAUCAUUAUAUUUAAAAUGGAACCUAUGAAACUUCUUUAUGGGCCUUUUAAUUGCAUAAAAGAUUUAUUACAUUAUUUACCUGUGUUGUGGCCAUUUGUAGUUUUCUAAAUACCAUCAAAUCAUAUUGUUAUUAACUGUAGAUAAAAGUAUUCAAAAUAUAUUCUUCAGUCAUAAGACUUUUUUUAACUGAAUUGCCAUCCCAAGAAUAGGAUUAUAUAUAUUAAUUUUGGAACUUCAAAAGUGUGGGGGGGGGGGAGUAGGAUUGCCAAAAUGCAUAUUUUUAAAAAAACUCAGUUACAGAAUACCUAGUGUGGGGAAACACUUUAUCAAAAACGCACAAUUUAGUUAAAUUGUUAAAAGAAUUCUUUUCUUCACAGCGUUUUCAAUAAUAUUAUUUUAGUUUUCGACAUUUUCAUUUUUAUCUUGUCAAAUAAUAUAUUUUAAGGAGUUUCUGUGUUUUCAUUUUACAUUUAUUACAUUUUAUUAUAUCCCCAAAUAGAUUAAAACAAUGAGUAUGGAAAAUAUCAAAUUUAGAAGUAAAACGUCGUCUAUCUAGACGUUUAAAUUUCAUCAAGGGAAACAACAACAACCAGUUCAUAUUCUACUAAAAUUAUUCAACUAAGUAGUGUUGGAAUAAUUUGCUUUAUCACCUCCCUUUAUUAAUUUUAGGACAAUUUGAAGUGUUCUUUGUCCGUAAUUCUUUUUGCAGCAUAUUCAUUGCCAUGAUAGAUGUCUUUGACUGUUUCAUUAAAGUAAUUUAAUCCAUAUUAUUUUAAACCCAAUUUUUUAAAAAAAAAAUUUCCAAAGCAUGUUCUUUUUCUAUUCCGAAUUCUAGUGAAAAAAAUCAUCAAGAAAACCCUUAUUUGUAAUAAUUUUUUGUUAAAAUUGUAAAAUGUUAUGCUUAUUUGUACAUUAAUUGAUUAAUCAUUAGUCAUCGAUUUAUUUUCAUAUUUUUUCCUUUGGAUAUGUGCAUUUGAUGUUGGGCAACGUAGUUAGCUAAAAAUGAAGUUUCAAAAUUUUUAACUCAUAAUUAAGUUUGCAAAGGAGAAAGCUUGAGAAGCUGAGCUCUGUGGUUUAUUUGAAUGCUGAUAAUUUCCAAUUUUAGGAAUCCUCCUUAAGAUCAACUGCGAAGAGAGCCGUGUUCUACUGUCUCAAGUCAAACUUAAAAAUGUCAAUUAAAAAAUGUUUUAUUUUUUUAGCUUGCAUUUUGCAAACCUGUGUAAUCACUUUUGCACAUGUUCUGGGUACAAAGUAAUAGACUGACUUGGUAGAUUUCCUACUGACACUUUUGCAUAUAGUUUGAAUAUAAAGUAAAGUUGACUAAAUGAAUUGUAGUUUUUUGAUUAUUCAUUCAAAUAUAAAGGAAAAUAGCUCUAUCUAAAAUAGUUUUCUUACAUGUACUUUUAUAAUUAAAUUUUAAAAAGAGAUUGUGGCUGAUUAUUUUUUAGAAAAAGGAAAUUAGUAUUUAAUUUAUUAAUGAUUAGGCAUGUCUUUGAAACGUAUGUGAAUAAAAGUAGUUACCCCUCUUUUAAUUGAAUUUCUUAAAUCGCAUAUGCCAUAUUCCUUCAAUGAUCUCAUUUCUCCGGUGGCUCAUUUUUCAUAAAAUUAUUACUGACUUUCUUUAAAUAUGCACCUUUUCAUUUAAAGAUGGAUAACUGUUGAACAUUAUUCAGUCUCAUUAAUUGCAUUUAAAAAAUAAGACAAAUACAGCUGUUCAUAGAGAAAUUACUUGAAUUUUAGUUGUCUUUCUGAUUUCACAGCAUUUAAUGCUUUAAAAAAUUUCGGAUCUUAAAAUUUUUGCAGUACAAAACUCCUAAAUUCAAAUGUGUUUAAAUUUUGUGAUUUCUUUUUCCCUCCAUCAAUUUUUUUAAAAAAAAAUUCUUUGUAAAAUUGUGGCUAAUAAAAUGCUAUUUAAUUUUGUUAUAUUAUAAUAUAUAUAAUUUUGUUAUAUUGUAAUUUGCUGAAAUUCUUGGAAUUAUAGAAAUGUGAUUGUUUUUUGUUUGUUUGUUACCAAAGGCAAGAGAGAUUUAAGUAGUUUAGCAAAAACGUAUCUCAUGGUUUUUUUUUUUUUUUUUUUUUUUUUUAGUUGAAGGAUUUAAAAUUGAGUUUCCUUUCUUACAAAUCAUGCUGCCUCCUGCCCUUUUUUGGAUCUAGAUUUUUUUUUUUUUUUUUUUUGUAAUAGUCUUUUUUGCAAUAUCCCUUUGCCUAAAGCCUACAGCAGGCUUAGGAUAAGAUCUUAGAUCUUGGUGUUGUGCAGUUCGUGAUUCGUGUUUAAAGCCAGCAAAAGAGUUAUUUAGCUAUAAGCUGGUUGCACUUCCCAUGAUUAAUCUGGCAAUGAUAAUAUAGUCGUUUUCUUGUAGCAGUUUUUAAGGGCAUCGAUUGUUAGCCGGUUGCAGAUUUUGGCAACAUAAAGCCACAGGUGCUAGAUAGUUUUAAGGCCCCUCGCAUACAUUCGCCGAUGACGUAGCACUAUUUGGAUAGCUGUUGAAUAGAUUUUGAGCGCUCCCCGCCUCACAGAAAAUUCUCGAGGCGAUGUCUGUGCGAAAAACAUCACUGUUUUUAUCUAUCCCAACUUAUCAAUGCAUAGCAAGGAUCUUGAAGGGCUAACAAUUUUUAUAAGGAUGGAUUUCCUCAGUUCAUACUUAGAGAAAAUACAUGGAAGAUUUGUGUAGUUUUGUAUAUUUUUCGUGUAUACAUGUAGUGUAGUAUUUGUAUUAAUGUCUUUAACAAUGUGAUUGAUGUAUCACCAAACAAACAAGUUCGAUGAUGGAAUAUAUGGAUAUUUUUCCGUAAUUUCCAUCCAGUGUUUGAUUAUCCUUGCCCUUAUCAAGAGCUGUUAUGUGACAAAUGAAAAAAAUUACAUUCAUACAGGGUUUAGAAAAAAGAUGGCUAUAUUGAAAUAGUUCUGAUGUUUGCAAACAUUAGUCAGUAAAAUGAAAUACAAGAUGCUUGAAAGACAAAUUAUAAUUUUGUCUGAAACUGGUGGUGCCCAUGCACUGACCAGAAAAAUACCUCUUAUGUCCACACUCAUACUUGUCAUUGAUUAUAGACGCAAUCAUUUUGACUGUGUACGAUGGAUGUUCCUCAGAUCAUUAAAUUUAUCUUAGCAUUUUUAGAAAGACAUUAAAUAGUGCCAAUUUCUUUAAAAAUCUAAUCAUCAUUUUAUGUUACUUUACAACUGAUUUAAUUUCCAAGGAGAUUGAUAUUCAGUGAAUCAGUAUUUCAGACUGUUCCUUUAAAUUUAAAAGUUAUUUCGCAUUUUUUUUUAUUUGAUUGCCUCUUAUAUCAAUAAAAGAAAUUUGCAAUUUCUUUGUCAGUGGCGUCUCUUCGAUUAGGGCUGCAGAGAUGCAGUAAUCUCUGAAAUAAUUUAAAAGUUUGCUUUUUCAGCAUUAACCCAAUUUUAUUAGCUUUGCAUGUUGGCAGUUUGGUAGAAAAUGAAAAGUAAUAAAAUUAUUGACAGAAGAUAAAGAAAAUGAAUCAAUAAGUAGAUGAUGCACAAGUUGAGCUAGUCUCAGAACAGUUAGAGAAAAUAUCUAAAUUUCCUCACUAUGCAUUAGUGGAAGACAAAAACCAAAAGUAUCUCCCAGAGUUUGAUGGUGAUUCGGCUGCUCUGAUCGCGAUUUUAGUUUCGCUUUUGUGUUAUUCCUACGGAAUUCGUUUUCUUUUGUUAGACGCCUUUCAUCGAAAAAAGGCACGUCAAUAAUUUUCUAAAAAUAACGCACUAUUAUAAAUUUAGGUUAUUUAGAGAUAAAAUUGUUUUAAAAAAAAAUUAUUUUCAUGUGAACACUGUUGCUUCUGAACAUGCAGCACUGUUUGCUCCUGAAUUGAAGAGAUGCCACUGCUCUAUGUAUCUUUUCUUUUUAAUUUGAGCUCGCCGUUUGAUGAGUGGUAUCCUGAUAUGUAGGAGGACAUAUUUGUGUCAAUUAGCUGUCAAAUAAAUGUGUUGAUGUGUAUAAUUAUAUAAGAUAUGUGUACUUCUGUAAAAUUCACAUUUUAGAAUAAUGAUGUUCACAGAUUUAAUGUUGAUGUUUUAGAAAUAUAUGUUUGUGUAAUAAUGUGAAUUUAAUAUAUAAUUUUGUGAGGUAUCGAAUUUGUCUGGAUACAUUUUACAUUAAGACUGUAAAAUUCCAGAACAUUUAUUAAGGUGGGAGAAUUAAGGUGGGAAAAAAAAACUUUUUGUGAAUAAAAAAAGAUGGAAAGGCAAUUGACUACUUUUGUGCCUGCUAUUAGGAGAGAGAAGUGAAAGUGACUUUUGUGGCAUUUCUAUUCAUGAAAGAGAAAAGUGAAAAUGAUUAACAUAAAAGCGACUUUUAUGGCAUUUCUAUUCACGGACUUUGUAUAUUUCAGGAUACUCUUUGUGAUCCUUAUUAAGUCAGAGAUAUCUGUUUUAAAAUUUUGUUUGUGCAUGCUAAUUUAUUGUAAUAAUUAAUGUAUUACUGUUGAAAGGUGAAGUAAAGUAUUUUAUUCAUCUGUUACAUUUUAAAAGAAUCCAAAAGUCAAAUUUUCUUCAUGAAAGCUUUGUAUUCAGAAAUUGAAUUAAAACUGUAAGCAUUUCUAUUGCUUGCAAUUAUGUUGAUUCAUACUGAUAUUAGACAUGUCAACUGCUUCUAGUCAAUUUUAUUUUCAUGCCUAGCAUCAUAAAAAAAGAAUGUGAUGUCAUAGUGUAUGAUAAUAUGUCGUUAUACGAUAUACUCUGUUACAUUUUUAAUGUCGCAUGAAUUAACUGCAUUGCUUAACUUUGUUUCCUUAUUAGGUUAAGCAGUAUUAUGCUUUGUUGGAUUGUAAUUUGAUUUUAUAUAAUAACAAUAUGAAAGUGAUAGCUUAGUUUUUAUAUUUGUAUUUCUUCUGAUUUUAACAAUGAGAUAUUCCUUUUUCAUAUUUGUUCCUUCAUACAGCAUUGUCAUUUUUUUUGUCACAAUUUUUUAUGAAAUGUGUUGAUUAUCUUAUUUUAAAUAAUCACUGUCCUUUUAAUAUUUGUAUUUAAUUGCUUGUGUUAUUUUAAAUUCUUUUAGUCAUAUGAUCAAAUACUCAAAGUGAAAUUAUGUUUGUUUUGCAAUAGUAUGGUAUAAUUAAAAAGUUGUUGAAAUGUACAUGAUGAGUUAUUAUAAAUAACUUACAAACAUUUUAAAUCUCACUAUUUAUUAAGUAAAAUAUUGCUGAUUAAGUCAUAUGUCUUGUCUUGAGUCAUGUGUCUUCUUUGUCUUGAAUUUAUGAUAUUGAUUUUUCAGAACCAAUAUAUUCCUGCAUGAUGCCAUGAAGCAGGUGAUUAUGACUUUAAAACUGUUCAGCUGUAUGAUACUUUAUUUCAUUUCACAUUUCUGGUCAUAUAUUCAUUCAUAUUCUUACUAGUUGUUAUGAAGUAGAGGAUUAUAACUACUUUAAUAUAAAAACUCAGUGUUAUUACAUGUUAUUUAUUCUCAUAUUUUUAAGUAGUAUCAUUCAUGUAUUUAUGUAUUAUUUUGCUACCAUUUAUGAAUGUACAUUUCUCUGAAAUAUUCAACAGAUGUGCAAUAUUUUAUCAUUCAGUUAAACAUCAUACUAUUUCAUUCUCAAAUAAAUGUACUUAUCCAGUUAUUAUGUCUCAUAUAUGAAUGUUUUUCUGUACUUCUACAUUAUGCAUUUAAUAGAAUAUAUAUUAGUAUUGAAUAGCAUGCAUGUGCAUUUAGAUGCUUAUUUCAUUUAAGUCACAUUUUCUUUUCUGAAAUUCAUUUAAAAACUGACUGUGUGAGCAUGUAUAACUUCUGUUGUAUUUUUUCAUUUUGAGAAGAAAUAA